CAGUGCGCCUGUCGCAGAGUGCAAAGGAACGUUGAAGAGAGAAAAAAAAAACGGGAUAUUUAGUGGACGGGAAUUGGGUAAAAAAGGGUUGGAUUGCGGUUUCAGUGGACAUAGGCAUCGGAGAAUGUGCAUUUUUUCGGGGAUUUGAGGGUUUAUUGAGGGACAGUGAGCGGGAGAGUGUCAAUGGGGGGUGAGUGAACGGGUUUCAGUGUGAAAUAAGAAAUUCAUCGUCUCGUCAGGGCCGAGAGUCUGUGAAUAGAUUUUUUAAAAUGAAUUUCACGUGAGUUUUGUGGUAGGAAAAUAAAUUGAGGGUUGAAUUUGGGGCAGGCUUCUUAUAGUCGUUUUUUUUGCAAGUGAAAAGUUUGAGGUUUUGAGGAGAAAAUUGCCGCGACUUGUUUUUUAUUGUGAAAUUAAUUGAUGUUGAAGGUUGAUGUUCAGCUCGGUCGGGAAAAACUUGACUCACUUGACAUGUGUAUUAUGAUUGGGGUCACGAACGUGAGGAAUGUGAACAGUGGCCCCAAAAGAAGGGGUAUAGACACCGAGUAACUGGCCCUUUGAAUAAUUUAGGAAUAAACAAGAGGCCUGCGGGUGAAUGAAAAUAAAUAAAUUGCGGUUCGAGUGGGUUGCGUGAAGGAGGGGAAUGGAUCCACCAUUGAGAUGCCAUCUGAAUAGCCGUCGCCUCGGCAGGAUGUGGUCCACAUCAACGAUACAAUAAAUUCCGAGGAGAGAUAACAAAAAAAGCGAGUUUUUGCUUAUCAGCGGGUGGAGGGUGGGUGCGAGGGACAGGAAAAAACCGCCAUUUCGUCUCUGACACUUUUUUUUCAUCUCGGGACGAUGACCCCGAGGCCCUUGGAAUGACAAUAAAGGAGGUGAACUCCCCCGAUGGAGACGCUUUGAUGAUUUAAUAAAGGAUAAGGACUGGGAAGUUAUUUCUUCGAUAUUUUUUUUUCCCCACAUUAUUUUCCCGACUUUUUUCGUCUCUUCGGUGACUCAACUGCAAUUAUCAUCUUACUUUGAUACUGGAAUGGCAGUUGAUGAUAGGACAUUUGCACUCGGAGCAGUGAGAAUAAUAUUAUGGGGACUUUAUGUCCUUGUUAUAUUGCUGUGCGUCCAUGCUGAUGAUAAUUGGGACAAGGAUGAGGAUCCUAUACCCACAUCGGAGGUCAACGCUGUUCUUGGUGGAUCGGCACAACUUCCGUGCAAUAUCGAGCCCGAGAAGAGGGGCGACGGGGUCUACAUGGUGCUGUGGUUUCGUAAUAAUUCCGUCAAACCCAUUUACAGUAUCGACGUCAGAGGGAGAUCCUUCCACGAAGCUCGAAAUUGGUCAGACAAAGUGGUAAAACCGCGGGCGCGUUUUGUAACAACUCAAAAGCCUGCGGCCCUUGUUCUGGAUGGAAUACAGCUGGAGGACGAGGGGAUCUACAGAUGUCGAGUGGACUUUAAAAAAUCACCGACGAGAAAUUUUCAAGUCAAUUUGACUGUCAUACAUCCCCCCCGCCAACUGCGAAUGUACGACAACUCCGGUCAGCAGAUUGACAGCGUGGUGGGUCCUUAUCAAGUUGGCGAGGAGUUCGUAGUAUCUUGUGAAGUCCGUGGAGGCAAGCCACCCCCACUCAUAACGUGGUUCGUAAAUGGGAAACAAGUGGAGGGAAGAGUCGAGAAGAAUGAACAGUUCUACAUCGUUAGCAAGUACAGGGUGCAGCAAUUAAGGAGGGAACACUUGAACACGACUUACAAGUGUCUAGCCACCAAUACGGAGCUUGUCGAGCCACUGGAGAAAACUGUUCUCUUGAAUGUUUAUCUCAAACCCCUGAGCGUGACGAUACUCUCCAAACCAACGAUCCUGGAGUCUGAGAAGACAUACAAUUUAACUUGCGAAGUUGCUGGCUCGCAUCCACGUCCAAAAGUAAUAUGGUUCGAGGGCAAAUCGGAAUUCACGAAUGGACGUAUUAAGGAGAGUGGCAAUGCUACGGUCGUUUAUAGUACACUAAAAUUUUCACCAAUGCCCGAGGAUCAUAGCAAACAGGUGAAGUGCAGGGGAGAGAAUCCAGUUCUGACUGAUGCAUACAUGGAGGACACUUUUCAUUUGAAUGUUGUCUUCCCCCCAAAGGUUGAACUGGAAAUAGGAAACACUCUGAAUGCUCAAAAUAUCAAAGAAGAGGACGACGUUUAUUUCGAGUGCAAAGUACGUGCGAAUCCCGAGCAUCACAGGAUAACAUGGCGACACAACGGUCAUGUUCUUAUACAAAAAGCAGGAAUAGUCAUGAGCUCACAAAAUCUCGUACUGCAGAAAAUAAAUCGUGAUAAUGGGGGCAAUUAUACGUGUCUCGCUAGUAAUGACAGGGGUGAGACGAGCUCUGCCGUUGUUCCACUUCGAGUAAAGUUUGCCCCAGUCUGUAAAACUAAAGAAGUGACGAUAAUUGGAGCGUCGUUAGACGAAUCAGUGAAGAUAAGGUGUGAAGUGGAGGCUGAUCCAAGCGAAGUUGACUUUGUCUGGGAAUUUAACAACAGCGGUGAGAACUUCGAGCUUGGGCCAGCCAAGUUCGAUGGAAAUAAUGGAACUAUGAGUGAAUUCAUUUAUACCCCCAUGUCAGAGAGAGAUUAUGGGGCACUCACGUGUUCAGGCAGGAAUACCAUUGGCAAACAAAAGAUUCCGUGUGUUUAUCAAGUCAUUCCCGCAGUUAAACCAAGUCCCCUGAACAACUGCACGAUAAAAGCCUCAUUGAAUCAGAGCUCCGAGAUCCUCGAGAUUGAGUGUGUACCUGGUUACGAUGGUGGUCUUAAGCAGGAGUUUCGCCUCGAGGCUUGGGAGGCAGGCACCAGGAUACUUCGUGUUAAUACAACGAGUAUUUUCCCCGAGUCACCCCUAUUCCGCAUACCCAUUGCUGAUCUCCUACCAGCAACUCACUUUUAUCUGAUCGCUUAUGCUGUUAAUGCCAAGGGAAGAAGCGAGGUAUCAUUGCUGGAGGAUAUUAUGCUGAGGGACUCGGGCAAACAGACUGAGAGUGGAGUGAGCUUCGUUCCCCUGGUGCUUCUGCUAAUCGGAUCACUCAUGGCGCUGGGGAUAACAGUUCUGUCUGUCAUGCUGAUGAUGUACAGGAGACGGGGUACGACGUCUCCUGUUCAUGUCGAGCCUUACAUGAAGCAGCCGAUAAUCAGUCCACCUGACUCGAGAAACAAUUCCAUGCUAGAUGUAACGCAUGGGGAUCACACGUAUUUCGUGGAGUAUACGUUGAAACAGGUGGGGGAUUAUGGGCUCAAUCAGCCGGAUAUCAUUCAAUCACCUCAAGAUCAAGAGAAGGUGAAACGUGAACCCCAACUGUUCUUACCAGUGAGGCCUGAUACGUUAUUUGCUCCAUACGACCUACAUAAACAAGGCCUUCAGACAAACAAGUGUAGUUUGAAUCCAUUUUCUACGAAAUCAUGGGAACCCAUAAGCUUCAAGGCAGAUCGCAACUUGAUGAAAGAAAUAAUAAUCGCCAAUUCAAUACCCGGUCCAGAGAGCUGCGUAUAAAGUAUUUGUAUUCUAAUAAAAAAGAUUAUUUGAUAAAUAAAUGAACCAUCGAAAUCGCAUCAACGCAUAAACGAGACAUAUCAGUAUAGCUGACAUAAUCGACACGGAGAUUAUCACUCAUUCAUACGUGGACUGUCUACAUUGUUUUUUAACUGGAAAAACGACACGAUUACGUGAGGAAUUAAAUUGUCAUGGGCUGAGGGCGAAAUUGGUGUUUUUGGUGACCAAUGAGUGAAUGCCCUUUUUUUCAAUAAAGAGAUGAAAACGAA